UGUGACGUCAGUGCGGGCCCGGCUUUGCUGCUGCUGCUGCUGCUGUGGCGCGAGGCCAUGGAGGGUGCAACCUCGGGAGGCGCGCAGCAGAGUGAAGCUCUUCGAGGGAUAUCAGGAGCAGCAGCAUCACUGGUGGAAGUGGAACCAGAUGAAACAGAUGCUGCACCAUCCAGAGAUGGCCCCGAUCCUUCUUCAGAAUCCUUGUCUCCCCGGAAGACCAAAAGCAGUUUGGGGGGAGUGGAAGAGAGCCUGCUGGCCUCCAGCAGAAAUAGUGAUGAUGGAGCACGGACACAGAUGACAGCGGGUGGUAAAGAAGCAGGAGGCAUGUCACCUGAAGCAGGAGGAAUUUCAGCCGGCUCAAAUACCAGCCCAAGCCUAGGAAAUAAAGGUCUGCCAGGCCAUGCUGCCAAGACUUUCCCUUCAUCUCCUAGCAAAGCAGCUGGACCCAGCAGGGCAAAGAUGUCCCUCACCGGAACCAGCAAGUCCCCGACAUCUAUCCAGAGUUUGGCUAUGCGCCUGCUGAGUAUGCCUGGGUCACGGCUGCCUGGGGAUACUGGGACUCCUGCACCAGAAGCACCUGCUCCAGCUCCAACACCAGCCCCAGCUCCUGCUCAGCCUCCAUCCCCAACUGCUGAAGAGCCCAAGCCCAAGGUUCACCGGGCUCGGAAAACCAUGUCAAAGCCCAACAGUGUGCAGGUUCCUGAAAAGCGAGUCUCUGAGAUGCUACAUUUCCGCGUUCCAGAUGACCUGAGGAGCAUUGAAGAACCAGAAGAACCUGCUAAGCGGAGGAAGUAUGAUUAUAUGACUGAAGCAAUGCACAAGAGGAUGCCUCUCUCACUCCAACGAUCGAGUCCCAGAGCUACAACUGAGAUCACAGUAACAGAAGAGAUGACUGCUCCAGCAACUGCGUCGCAGGAGGAAAGAGGCCAGGAGUGGGAGGCUGAAGUGGGAGACGACUUCACCCUUUACUACGACAGCUACUCUGUGGAUGGCCAUGUUGACUCAGACAGCAAGUCAGAUGCAGAUGUUGCUGGAGAGCAUAUGAGUGAAGAAGAAGAAGAGGAGGAGGAGGAAGAAGAGGAAGAAGAAGAGGAAGAGGAAGAAGAGGAGGAGGAAGAAGAGGAGGAGGAGGAAGAGGAAGAAGAAGAUGAAGAAUCUGGUAAUCUCUCUGACAGGAGUGCUGCCUCCAGCUCCAAACGAAAGGCCAGGAAAUGCUGGCGGAACGACAGCCCCUGGGUCAAGCCGUCACGCAAGCGGAAACGCAAAGAGCCUCACCCUAAGGAUAGCAGAGGCCUGAAUGGUGGUCCUUCAGCCACCCAGAGUGAAUAUACGGAGGUGCCUCUUGGCUGUUUGGAGCUGCCCAACGAAGGGGCACUGUCCCCCAACAAUGCUGGGGUGUCGAAUGAGACGAGUUCUCUGGAAACGGAACGGUUUGAGGAGCUGCCCCUGUGCUCUUGCCGCAUGGAAGCCCCAACGAUUGAGCGCCUCAGCCAGCAGGCUGGAAAUCAGUGCAUGGCAACGGAGAGUGCUGAUGGAGAGCUGAAUGGCUGCAGCAGUAGCAUCUUGAAGCGGGAGACAAUGCGCCCCUCCAGCCGAGUUCCUCUCAUGGUGCUGUGCGAGGCCCACCGGGCCAGGAUGGUGAAACAUCACUGCUGCCCUGGAUGUGGCUACUUCUGCACUGCGGGUACUUUCCUGGAAUGCCACCCUGACUUCCGCGUAGCUCAUCGCUUCCACAAGGCCUGUGUUUCCCAACUCAAUGGCAUGAUCUUUUGCCCGCACUGUGGAGAAGAUGCUUCUGAGGCCCAGGAAAUCACAAUAGCCAAGGCAGAUACCUCCACUCCUGUCCCUAUUCCAUUAUCACAUGGACAGGGUGCCUCUGAGGGUACAGGUCGUGCUGACACUACCCAGCCCAGUGCCCGAAUGCGAGGGGGUUCAAGUGUAGAGAACCCACCGGAUGAUACGGCAGGUCUUGGUGGCCCAGGAAUUGAUAGCGCAGGGCCACGUCUGCCCCUGCCAAAUGGAGCCGUCCUCUCUACUCAAGGUCUGCCGCCAGGACCAGGGCGGGAACAACUGGAGCGUGCCUUGGUAGUGCAGGAGUCUGAGCGGCGCAAGAAGUUGCGAUUCCACCCCCGUCAACUCUAUCUCUCAGUUAAACAAGGGGAACUCCAGAAAGUGGUGCUAAUGUUGUACAUCUGCCCUUCCUUUCCGGUGGAUAGCUUGGAUCCCAAUUUCCAGACUGAACAACAGAGCAAGCGCUUCCCAUUGCAUGCUGCAGCACAAAAGGGUUUUUUGGAAAUUUGCCAUGUUUUGCUACAGGCUGGUGCCAAUAUAAACACAGUGGACAAAUUACGGCGGACACCUCUGAUGGAGGCUGUUGCAAACAAUCACGUAGAGUUGGCACGAUACUUAAUCAAAAGGGGCGGUUGCGUAUACACAAAGGAGGACGAUGGAUCUACCUGCCUGCAUCAUGCUGCUAAGAAUGGAAACGUUGAAAUGGUCAGCCUGUUGCUGUCCACAGGACAGGUGGACGUCAAUGCCCAGGAUAGUGGAGGUUGGACCCCUAUUAUCUGGGCUGCUGAGCAUAAGCACAUUGAGGUGAUCCGCAUGUUGCUCACCCGUGGAGCCGACGUCACCCUGACUGACAAUGAAGAGAACAUUUGUUUGCACUGGGCCUCUUUCACAGGCAGUGCUGAAAUCGCUGAAGUUCUGCUGAAUGCCCAGUGUGACCUCCAUGCUGUCAACUUCCAUGGAGACACGCCUUUGCACAUAGCAGCGCGGGAGAGCUACCACGAAUGUGUCCUUCUGUUCCUCUCACGGGGUGCGGACACUGAGAUGCGCAACAAGGAAGGAGAUUCACCUCUGGACCUGACCCUGGAGAACUCGGAGGUGUGGUUUGCCCUGCAGCUUAACCGCAAGAUCCGUCAGGGGAUCCUUAACCGCUCCAUCCGCACAGAACGCAUCAUUAGCAGGGAUGUGGCCCGUGGCUAUGAAAAUGUGCCUAUCCCCUGUGUCAAUGCCAUAGAUGACGAGCCAUGUCCGGAAGAUUACAAAUACAUCUCUGAAAACUGUGAAACUUCCACCAUGAACAUCGACCGGAACAUCACCCAUCUGCAGCAUUGUACAUGUCAGGACGACUGUUCCUCUAGUAACUGUCUGUGUGGGCAGCUGAGCAUCCGCUGCUGGUAUGACAAGGAUGGACGUUUACUGCAAGAGUUCAACAAGAUUGAGCCACCACUGAUCUUUGAAUGUAACCAGGCCUGCACAUGCUGGAGAAACUGCAAGAACCGGGUGGUGCAGAGCGGCAUCAAGGUCCGUUUACAGCUAUACCGCACUGCGAAAAUGGGUUGGGGUGUUCGAGCACUACAGACGAUCCCCCAAGGAACCUUUAUAUGCGAGUAUGUAGGGGAACUUAUUUCUGAUGCAGAAGCUGAUGUGAGGGAAGAUGACUCCUACCUGUUCGAUUUGGACAAUAAGGAUGGCGAGGUAUACUGCAUCGAUGCACGUUAUUAUGGCAAUGUCAGCCGCUUCAUCAACCACUUGUGUGACCCUAACAUCAUCCCUGUACGGGUCUUCAUGCUGCACCAGGACUUACGUUUCCCCCGCAUUGCCUUCUUCAGCAGCCGGGACAUUCAGACUGGUGAAGAGCUAGGAUUUGACUACGGUGACCGUUUCUGGGAUAUCAAGAGCAAAUACUUCACCUGCCAGUGUGGCUCAGAGAAGUGCAAACACUCAGCGGAGGCCAUUGCCCUAGAGCAGAGCCGCCUUGCUCGCCUUGAAGCCCACCAGGAUGUUUUGCCCGACAGCAGCAGCCUUCCUGCUGCCCAGGCAUAACUAAAGCUGGGGCCCAGCUGCCAAUCCUGAACUUUGGGACUCUUUUCCCCCCCUUCCCAACCCUGCUCCCACAUUCUUCCACCAACCGUAGGCAGUUCCUCUACAGCCAGGGGUUUUGAAUGAAGGGCUUCUCUUCUCCGUGCAUAUUUUUCCUCAAAUCAGGUUUUGAAUUAUGUGGCCCUACAGAUCAUGUUGAAACUGCAAUACCCAGUGUUCCUUAUGAUUGGUUAUGCUGAUUGAGGCUGCUGGAACUUGCAGCCCUACAACAACUGGAGGGCCUCAUAUUCCUGCACCUGGCCUUGGAGGGAGCAUCCAGUUGGUGGAAGGUGAAGAGAGAUGAGAGAAAGAAAUCUCUGUUCCAGGAGGUGAAAGAAAGGGAGGAGAUGGGGGAAAGGCCAUCUUCUCUGAAGAGAAGGAAAUCUUUCACAUACGAGAUUUAUGAAUGUGAAGAACCAGCAGCUGAGGUUCUGGGAUUCUUUCCUCAAGCAAUUUGUCCUUCAUUAUGUGUGUAUGCAGCCUUUUCCUUGUUUGGAGGCCAAAUUAAUGUUUAGGUUUUGGUAACAAACGGUUCUGUUUUGAAUUGGAUCCAGAAGUCAGUCUCAUUCCCUCUAGCCCUUUCUGCGGCUGAUUCUGUCACAACUGCUCCAGCUGACAGAUAUUCCAGCUUGCCAAGGCAGGAAGCAAAAGUAUCCCAUCUGAACUCCAAGUGAGUGUCACCAGUUGUAUGAAUGUGUGUUUCAGAACCAAACAAAGGCUCCGGACACUUUAACUAUGCAUAGAAGGUCUCUAGUAGAGGAGUGAGCAACAUGCAAGCCUCAUAUGCCCUCUGCUUGCAGUUUUGGGCUGUGCUCAUCCACCCUAUUGCCACCACCAAAACAGCUGCCACACUGUCAAGCUACUCAGCAUAUGCUAUGCUAUAGAAAUGUGCCACCUCAUUUUCAGGUUGAAUCCUCCUCCCAGAAAUACCAUUUUGCUUGGCAAAAUCAAGGCAUGUGCUCUCCAAGUUUCACCCUUCUGCUACUGAAGAAGUCGCACACCGCUAGCACAAAACCUCCACAGUUCUUCUUGCUUGCUCCCUGAGAAUGCAUACAAAAAUCAAGAUGGCUGUCCAGCUGCAGCCAAGCCACAGAAUAUGGAAGGAGGAGGUCACAUUUCCCUUGGUGGGGUCACCGUUUUGGUUCUGUUCCAAAAUAUUGUUGUCACCUUCUGGUGGUUGGAACCAUGUGUGUACAUUACUGUCUUAACUUUUCUAUCUGAUUGGCUUGAAAAACUUGUGCACACAUGGUCUUUUUUCCUCCUGCUCAAGUUAAUGUCUUUUCUUUUCAGUAAUGAAAGACGUAGUUUUGUAUUGGAGCCUUGCCUCAAUCAUUCUUUGUUUCCAGACCUCCACUUUGAAGGCUGCAGUUGUCAGAGCCACUUCCUUUCCUUUCAAUACCUGGAACAGCAGUAGAAGUUCUGAUUCACUUUGAAAGGGGACAACCUUCUCUCUUUCUCUCCCUCUCCCUCCCUUCUUUUUUCUAUGGAUUUUCACAUUUGAAGUUUUUUUUAAUUGUAAUUUUUUUCUGGGGCCAUAAAACUAAUAAAUGUUGGCAUCUGGUGAUUUUGAUACAAACACAA